AUGUCUCUAAUUGCUCAUGCUCUGUUAGCUGGGGUCGCCUUCCUGCCCACAACCUACGCCGCUACUGCUACCCUUUUGGCAUCUCACUUCAGUGGUGCGAUCUUUACUCUGUCUUUGACCACUGGAAGCAGCCACACUGGCUCACUCGCUAUCACUUCCGCCGCUGGAGGCUGUGGCUCCACGCCAACUUGGUUACAGUACUACUCUGAUACGAAGAAGUUGUACUGCGUGGAUGAAUCAUGGCAAGGUUAUGGAACCAUAGCAGAGUACAGCGUGGCAGCUGACGGGACACUCACCGUUACUGGCCAGGCAAAGACUACCGGAAACGAUGUGCAUGGAACUCUGUACGGAGGACCGAAUGGGAAGAGCUUUAUAGCUACCGUGCAAUAUACUCCCUCAACCCUCACAACCUACGCACUUCCAUUGAAAGCCGGUCCCGACCGCCCCUUCACCGUACCCCUCCAGGAAGAGACGUUUUACAUGGCCGCCCCCGGCCCUGACGUCCGUCAAAAAGACGGACCCCACCCUCACCAAGCCCUCCUCGACCCCACAGGCAAAUUCCUCCUGGUCCCUGAUCUCGGCGCCGACGCGAUCCACAUCUUCACCAUCAACCCCGCCAGCGGGCACCUGAACGCCUGCCCUGACGCCAUCACCGGGCCAGGCGACGGUCCCCGACACGGCGAAUGGUGGAGUCCAAAAGGCAACACAAUGUCCGCAGACGGCCUGAAACUCUUCACGCUCAACGAGAUCGGGAACUCGAUAUCAUCAUGGAGUGUCUCUUACUCCGGAGGCUGCCUCGCUCUCAACAAGACACAAACCAUCUCCACCUUCGCAGGCGGCAAGGUUCCCCCAGCGACAAUAUUCAACGGCGCCUCGUUCCCGCCGAAGGCUGCGGAGUUGAGGAUUGUGGGCAAUUUCCUGUAUGCGGCGAAUAGGAAUGAUAAGUCGUUUGGGAAUAGCACGGAUUCGCUGGCUACGUAUACCAUUGACGCUUCUGGAACUGCGACUUUUGUCGAGAGCACGAGUGCGCAUGCGUUCUAUCCUAGGAGCUUCAGCAUCAAUAAAGCUGGGACGAUGGUUGCUGUUGGCGGGCAGACGAGCUCGAGCGUGGCGAUUAUUGCGAGGGAUACGAUGACGGGCAAGUUGGGCAACUUGAUUGCGUGGAUGCAGGUUGGGGCUGCGGGGACUUAUACCGAUGAGAAUGGAUUGAGCUCUGUUAUUUGGGUUGAGUAAGUGGGUGGCGAUUUCGGGAAUGUGAGGGGCAGAUUGGGGAAAUAGCGUGAAGCAAUUGACGACUUGAGAGAGAUGGUAUUUUAGGAAGUUGUGUGGCUAACAGUGAAGAACAAAAUGAAAAGUUUUGUUCUCUGACUUCUCCCUGCGGACGUUAUUCUGCAGAUGUUAAUUUAUAGCUUUGAGACUAUUGAAACUCAAAUUGAC